GCCCUGUCGGUCUUCUUUUCAUUUUCAGGAUGUAUCUUUGAGCUUUCAAGUAUUUCCCAGUACUCCUAACAAGCAGGUCGAUUGCCCAUUCUCGGCGUCCAUUUCGUAAUGUCUCUCUGGGCUCGCGAACCGACGACGGCAGCAGAUGCCAGCUACAAAACCGCCGUGUGGGCAUACUAUCGAUACUAUCCGUCCGAGGCAGCCGCCAUCCUCUUCACUGUCCUGUUUCUUAUCACUACCUUUGUCCAUCUAUAUCAGCUGCUUCGUCGCCGGACUUGGUUUUUCAUUCCUUUUGUGAUCGGGGGCUUCUUCGAAUGGGUUGGGUAUCUUGGCCGUGCUCUGUCCAGUCGGGAAAGUCCCAACUGGUCGAUGGGGCCCUAUAUCCAACAAACCCUCUUGCUCUUGUUGGCUCCAGCGCUAUUCGCAGCUUCAGUCUAUAUGAUGCUCGGACGGAUUGUGGUGCUACUAGAUGCUGAGCACCUUUGCAUAUUCAAGAAAAAGUGGCUCACAAAGUUCUUUGUGUGUGGCGAUGUUCUAUCUUUCACCGUCCAGGCUGCCGGUGGCGGUGUUAUGGCCAGUGGUUCUCUCUCAGCCGUGCAAAACGGUGAAAAGAUUGUUAUUGCUGGCCUUGCCAUACAGAUUCUUUUCUUCAGCCUCUUUAUUGUCACCUGUGCGAUCUUCCACCGUCGUGUGGUCAAGCGUCAGACAGAGAAAUCAAUAAAUCUGAGCAGCUCCUGGCGUAAACACCUGUGGAUCCUCUAUGCAGUCAACUUGCUCAUCAUGAUUCGGUCAAUGUUUCGGCUCAUUGAAUAUGCAAUGGGUAACAACGGCUAUCUGCUGCGGCAUGAGGCGUUCCUCUAUGUAUUUGAUGGAGUUCUUAUGCUAGCGGCCAUGAUCCUGUUCAAUGUCGUCCAUCCCAGCAGUCUGAUACCGAGCAGGAGUAAAAGCCUCGAGCAGGAUUCUUCCGCUGCCUAAACAUUUACGAUUUACCAUCAACGAAUUAGCUGAUUCUCGCAACUGGAUCUCUAUUUUUCCUUAUUGGUUGUGUUAUUUUAAACUGUCCUACCUUCCGCCCUUCAAUCUGUGUUCGAUUAAAUAGUAUCAGACUAGAUACUUUUGUUCUCAGCG